GAGAUCUGGGGUAGCAUGGCCGGGAGAAGCGCCUUCCCCGCCGCCGCGCUCCGGCUCUGGAGCAUCCUCCCGUGCCUGCUGGUACUGCGGGCGGAGGUCGGGCAGCCGCGGGAGGAAAGCCUGUACCUGUGGAUCGAUGCUCACCAGGCAAGAGUGCUCAUAGGAUUUGAAGAAGACAUCUUGAUUGUUUCAGAGGGGAAAAUGGCCCCUUUUACACAUGAUUUCAGAAAAGCGCAACAGAGAAUGCCAGCCAUUCCUGUCAAUAUCCAUUCCAUGAAUUUUACCUGGCAAGCUGCAGGGCAGGCAGAGUACUUCUAUGAAUUCCUGUCCUUACGCUCCCUGGAUAAAGGCAUCAUGGCAGACCCAACUGUCAAUGUCCCUCUGCUGGGAACAGUGCCUCACAAGGCAUCAGUUGUUCAGGUUGGUUUCCCAUGUCUUGGAAAACAAGAUGGAGUGGCAGCUUUUGAAGUGAAUGUGAUUGUAAUGAAUUCUGAAGGCAACACCAUCCUACAGACACCUCAAAAUGCUAUCUUCUUUAAAACAUGUCAACAAGCCGAAUGCCCAGGAGGGUGCCGAAAUGGAGGCUUUUGUAAUGAAAGACGCAUCUGUGAGUGUCCUGAUGGAUUCUAUGGCCCUCACUGCGAGAAAGCCCUUUGCACACCACGGUGCAUGAACGGCGGGCUCUGUGUCACUCCUGGGUUCUGCAUCUGCCCACCUGGAUUCUAUGGAGUCAAUUGUGAUAAAGCAAACUGCUCAACUACCUGCUUUAAUGGAGGGACCUGUUUCUACCCUGGAAAGUGUAUUUGCCCUCCAGGACUAGAGGGGGAACAGUGUGAAAUCAGCAAAUGCCCGCAACCCUGCCGAAAUGGAGGUAAAUGCAUUGGUAAAAGCAAAUGUAAGUGCUCCAAAGGUUACCAAGGAGACCUCUGUUCAAAGCCUGUCUGUGAGCCUGGCUGCGGUACACAUGGAACUUGCCAUGAACCCAACAAAUGUCAGUGUCAAGAAGGCUGGCACGGAAGACACUGCAAUAAAAGGUACGGAGCCAGCCUCAUGCAUGCCCUGAGGCCAGCAGGCGCCCGGCUCAGGCAGCACACGCCUUCACUUAAAAAGGCCGAGGGGAGGCAGGAUCCACCUGAAUCCAAUUACAUCUGGUGAACUCCGACAUCUGAAACGUUUUAAGUUACACCAAGUUCAUAGCCUUUGUUAACCUUUCAUGUGUUGAAUGUUCAAAUAAUGUUCAUUACAGUUAAGAAAACUGGCCUGAAUUUUAUUAGCUUCAUUAUAAAUCACUGAGCUGAUAUUUACUCUUCCUUUUAAGUUUUCUAAGUACGUCUGUAGAGUGAUGGCAUAGAUUUUCUUGUUUCAGUGUUUUGGGACAGAUUUGACGUUAUGUCAGUGGAUCAGGUUAAAACUGUGUCUUUUCAGUUGUGUAGCUGGCAAAUUACUUCCAAAAUUGCAAUGCAUUCACGGUGUCAAGGGGCUGGGGAACACUGAAGAAGAUACGUGGAACAAAAAGGCAUAAAUCACAGCGUUUGGAUGAAGCACUUAAUUGUGUUGAAGUUACCACAUUUCUAGUGUUCUUGUCAGGUAUUUAGACAUUUGUCACAUUUUUAAAAUUCCCCUUGUUUGUAAACUCUCAACACAAUAUAUUUUGACCUUACCAUGAUUCCAGAGAAUUCACUAGAAAGAAAUAAAGAAAGAAAGAAAGAAAGAAAGAAAGAAAGAAAGAAAGAAAGAGAAGAAAGAACACUGUGGCAGUGGCAUUUAACAAUAUAAUAUAUGUAAACACAAUAAAAUAGGGAAUAUAAUGUAUGGACUUUUGGCAUUGGCUUGAAGCAAUAUAAUAUAUUGUAAACAAAACACAGCUCUUACGUAAUAAACAUUUUAUACUGUUUGUAUAAAAUAAAGGUGCUGCUUUAGUUUUCA